GGGUACUGUGAAACGUAGUAUCUUACAAAGCUGAUGCCUUGAGAAAAGCAACUGUUGAGCAGCGUGAAACCCAAGAUUGGAAGAAGUGCAUGUACAGGAGCACAUGAAGAGUGAAUGAGGAAAGACAACCUCAUGAGUUGCCUCAGUCAAUGCCAGCGUAAUGGAUUUCACUAAAAUGGGUAUGAUCCACCUUCAGAAUCCUAGCCAUCCCACAUCUCUUUUGCAAAAGGCCAACCAAAUGCGUCUGUCUGGGACACUAUGUGAUGUAGUUAUUAUGGUGGACAGUCAGGAAUUUCAUGCCCACCGCACUGUACUGGCAUGUACCAGCAAGAUGUUUGAGAUUCUGUUCCACCGCAACAGCCAACAUUAUACUUUGGACUUUCUCUCACCAAAGACCUUCCAACAGAUUCUGGAGUAUGCAUACACUGCCACACUCCAAGCUAAAUUGGAAGACUUAGAUGACCUGCUAUAUGCAGCAGAGAUCUUAGAGAUUGAGUAUAUAGAGGAGCAAUGCUUGAAGAUCUUGGAGACCAUUCAGUCUUCUGAAGAGAAUGACACAGAAAUGAUCUCAAACGAUAACGGCACUGAUGAGGAUGAUGAUCGUAAGAUCAAGUAUCUGAAGAGCACAUUUAUCUCCAAGAAGCAUUCCAUUCAGGAGAGUGGCUACGCCACCUCUGCCCGACAGCGCUUGGCUCUUGUCAAUAUGGUUGAUAAGAAGUCCUCAGUGUCAGCCUCACUGGGUCUUCCUACACUGAGUCCCACCAAAGCCGCCGUGGAGAGUCUGAUGAGCAUUGGCCAGUCCCUGUUGCAGGACGGCAUGCAACCGGGUUUCACUGAGUCACAGGGCAACGCGUCACCUGUAAUGGAUAAAAUAAAGACUGAGAUGAUGCAGAUAGAUGAAGAAUAUUGUCACGAAGGUAGCUCCACCAGCAAUGGAGAGAGGAUUGGUGAGUCAAAGCAGAGUAGGGACACUCCUGGAACUCCCACCAGAGGCAGCGUAAUUACCAGUGCUCGUGAGUUGCAUUGUCCCGAUGGUAUUGCUGAUUCACAGGUAAACAACACUAGCCAGGUGGGAUUAGCAAGUAUGGCAGGUCUGACUGAGAGACAUUUUACGUCCUUGUACUCUUUGCCUCCCAACCAUAAAAGUGAGGCGAUGUUGCCUAUGCCUGUGUCCGUGGCCUCUUCCCUUCAUGUGCCCCCUUCCCUUGCUAUGUCCAUGGAUCUCAGUGCCUAUGGAGGACUUCUGCACCAGAGCUUCAUCCAGAGAGAAUUCUUCAACAAGCUUGGGGACUUUGCUACUGGUAUGAAGAACGAAGGCCAACAGCAGAUAGAACGGUGCAGUGUGUGCAGCAUUGAGCUGCCUGACAAUGAAGCCGUUGAACAGCACAGGAAGCUGCACAGUGGAGUGAAAACCUAUGGCUGUGAGUUCUGUGGAAAACACUUCUUGGACAGUUUACGGUUGAGAAUGCACAUGCUGUCCCACUCAGCUGGACCAAAAGCACUAGUAUGCGAUCAGUGUGGAGCCCAGUUCUCUAAAGAGGAUGCAUUGGAGGCCCAUCGGCAAACUCACACAGGUUCAGAUAUGGCAGUGUUUUGUCUGCUGUGUGGUAAACGUUUCCAGACUCAGAAGGCCUUACAGCAGCAUAUGGAGGUCCAUGCAGGAUUGCGUAGCUACACCUGCAGCGAGUGUGACCGUACUUUCCCCAGCCACACUGCCCUCAAACGCCAUCUACGCUCACACACAGGUGACCACCCGUUUGAGUGUGAGUUCUGCGGCAGCUGCUUCCGGGACGAGAGUACGCUGAAGGGCCAUAAACGAAUCCACACAGGAGAGAAACCCUAUGAGUGCAACGGCUGUGGCAAAAAGUUCAGCCUCAAGCACCAGUUAGAGACCCACUACCGUGUCCACACAGGAGAGAAGCCGUUUGAGUGUAAGCUGUGUCAUCAGCGUUCCCGCGACUACUCGGCCAUGAUCAAACACCUCAGAACGCACAAUGGUGCCUCACCCUACCAAUGCACCAUCUGCCAGGAAUACUGCCCCAGCCUAUCCGCCAUGCAGAAACACAUGAAGGGCCACAAGCCAGAAGACAUUCCCCCAGACUGGAGGAUAGAGAAGACUUAUCUUUACCUCUGCUAUGUCUGAGAUCGAAAGAGGCAGAGAAGAGAAAAAAAAAGUGAGUCAGAAUCAUACGUUACAGGUGCCCAAAAAAAAAAUCCAUUCAUUCAGCCAUUUGUUUAAGGGUUGGGCCAAAAAACAGUUGAGGGGCAAAUGGUCCAAGUAGGAGAAUGAGAUUAAGGUCAUGUUGUUCCUGUUUAUAUUUUCAUUGCUUCAUAAAAAUGAACAGUUUAAGCACAUAUACAAGACAGAAACACGUUAGCAUGUGUUUGCAAGAUUCCGGCACAGAAAAGAGGCAUAAAAACAUCUGAUCUCUCUUUUCAGCCAUUCCAAUAUUGAGUUAAAAAAAAAUGUUUAGCAUUUCUGCACUUUAUUGUUUUGUUCAUGUAACUGUAUUCUCAAAUGAAACACUUAAUUGGAUUCAUCACACUUAAAGAAAGAAAAAUCCCCAGGUUGUCGCUUCAUCAGACAGCCUCCAGAGAUAAGAUGAAAAUAUGGACCAAAGCUUGCACUAGAUUCACGUUUGAAAGACAUACAGUGAGAAGGAAAGAGAUGUCAAGAAAUAGGGAAAAGACGUAGAAACAGAGGUCAAUAGCCCCAAGGGUUUCUUUGGGAAACGUGGCUUCAAAAAUUAUUCACAUUCUUCCGAUUCCAGGGUUGGUAUUAGCAUAACCUAUGAGAGAAUAUUUGUGCAGGUUUGCAAGAUUUGGUCCCCUUAACCUUUAAACACUGAAAUUUACUUCUAAAGUGUGUAAAAGCACUUCGACAAGACUGUUUUAUCUUGCAACUGAGGUUUUACAAGUAUAACUAUAACAUAACUUACAUCACCACAAUAAAUAUUCUGUUUUCAGCUCAGUAAAUCUCACAUUUACCUGGUUUCCAGCACCUGUUGUGUGGUAUCUUGCUUUGACCACUGACCAUUCUUACAACACAGCAUAUUUUUCAAUGAUCUCAUUUAAAUACACAUGAAAUGUUUUUUCUUUUCAGUUGAUGCGAUAUUAUUACUAUACUCAGUGGAUUUUUUUGUGCAGGUAUGGCUGCAGAUUGAAUAUUGAAACAAACUGAUUGGUUAUACGUGGUAUUGCACAUCACAUUCAGAUAUGAUUUGGUUAAUUAUAGAAUAGAGUAGAUUUUUUACAUACUUAAUUUUUCAAGUGCAGCGCAUUCUAUUUAAUCGCAGCCCGAGUUGUAGAUGAACAAAGCUGGUUCUGAGCUCAUUAUUUUUUUUUUUCCUUUUCAUGUUUUAGAACAUAUUUUACUUGAAUUACCUCAUUUUUUAUUACCUCACAUGUGUCAUGUAUUUUGUCAUAUCUCCUCUUUCUGCUAUUCUACUUCAGCUGUGCUCAAGAAGGUGAUGAGAAUUUCUUAGGCUGCCGUCACCAUUAUCAUCAUCAUCAUCUUGAGUUAUUGAGAGCUGCACAUUUUCUGUUUAUGUUUCUGCUUUGUUAGCAAGUUUGAUAUCUUUUAAAUAUCUUUUAUAAGUUGAUUUUUUUUUCGGUCAUCUGUUGAAGUGCUACCUCUUUAAUUUUUUCUCUGUUUUGCACAAAAGCAAAGCAUGUCUUAUGAUUUGCAUUUUAAUUUAACUUCAUCUCUUAUCUCUGAUUCCUCUGGCAGUAAUCAUUUAAAUUACUGAUUUGAAUAUUUCCCCUUUCUCUGACACUCCUGAAACAUUCAUUGGAAAGUUUUUUUUUUCUUUUUUUUUAUUCUAAAACCUUAAGUAGUGUAUUUCAUAAGAGUUGACUGGUUAUCUAAUCGAAAUUACUUUUGUUUGUGGAAUGAGGAAAUAUUGAGAGGAAAACUUGAAAAAAUGUGAAUAAGUAUUGUUUUUUCUAUGUGAAAAAAUGAUGUAAAGAUGAAUAUUCAAAGGAUAUGCAGUACUGAUGUGUGCGCUUGACAAUGUUGUGUGCUGAAAGUUACUUUUGAAAAUGAAAUACAGAUUAAAGAUGCUUUUCUGUCGAUCAAAAAUGCAUCUUUACUCUUAACCGAGAGCCAAAAUAGGCACUUUGAUAUCUAAAAAAAAAAUGUUGUAUUUUUGUAUGAUGGUAACUUGUGAUCUCUCCAUUUGUAAAGGUAUUACUGAGGUAGACAUAUUUACAGUAUCUUUUGUGGAUGUUCCUCAUUAGAGUGAUUUUUUUCCCUCUUUAUCAAUGUUGAUAGUACAGUGGAUAAGUGAUUUUUUUUUAAAGAUGUGGUCAUUGCUGCUAUGUGUCAACUUGGUGAUGAUUCCAAAUAUUUAGAGAAGGAAAUAUUUUCGGGUUUGAAUUAAUGCCAAGAACUGUACAACAAAACGACAUCGAGGAGCACAUACUACUCAAAAGAACCCAAAAGAGAUGGAAAGUCACUGUCCAUUUGUCUUAUUAUGUGUGUUCACCAAAUGUUGUAAACACUGUGAGGUUGGGAUCUCAGUCACACUAUCUGUGAUGUAGGGGAUGAUGUCACGUGAUUAAUACAGGUCUUUGUGUGUGUCUGAUGUGAGUCAAAUGCUUUAUUGUGGUUAAUUCUUUCAGUGUUAAAAAAUGCACUACGUAUAAGCAGAACAGAGAAGUACAUUUAGGACACCCGAACUUUCAUGUUUAAAGACAUAGGUAUCCACCUGUCUCUCUCUUCACCCCCAGUCACCAAUGUAUCUGUUUGAAACUUCUUAUGAAAUGUCACCUGAUUCUUGAAAUGAACUGUGUUAUAAGCCUAUCACAGAUGCCAUAAUUCCACCAGGAUUCGCUGAUUUGUAUGAAGAAUCCUCAAAGAAAUAUAGGACAGAAUAAGAGAACUCAGAAAUAGAUAUUUUAUUACAUGUCUCCCUGAUAUUUACGGAUUCAUAAUGAGGGGAAAACAGGUUUUCACCUUAGUUGUUUGAAUCAUAUGUUAUCCAUAUAAUUCUUUUCACCUGUGGUCAACAUCAGUCACUGCCUUGUUGAAAAACACUGUGCAAGUGCAUGCUUGUCAUGUCAGGUCAUUAUCUCUUUGGUUAUUAUCAGCAAUAAACAUAUAUGUUCAGAUCAAAUGAUAAACAGCAUCCUGAUUGCUGUGUAACUGUUUUUCACCUUGCUUAUAGAGAGAAAGAGCCAUCUCACUUAAUACGCCUAAACAUGUGCCAUUGUUACACAUUUUAACAAACACUUGCACUGAGAAUCCAUGUGGGACCAAGAGCAAAACUUUUGUAAAAAAAACAAACAAACAAAAAAAAACAAAAACAAAAAAACAAGAAACAAAAACAAAACAAGAUCUUUUUGUUAAAUGUUCUAUUUGUUCUUGUAAUGACAAAAAUGUUUGC